AUGUACCUGAGGGCGGACAGCUUUUCGCCGAGACCCGUCCACCAUUCUGCUUUUUGUGGGAAGCUGCGGAGGACGGAGGUGGAGUGGCUGGGUGCGGGCGCUGCGAGCUGCGGGGAGAGUCGCGUGGGCCUUUUGGCAGGGAUGAGUGGGAACUACACGGCGGCCGGUGCCCACAUGCCUGCCCACAGGGCAACGUCCUUCUUCAUCGAGGACAUCCUCCUGCACAAACCCAAGCCCCUGCGGGAAGCCUUCCCGUCACCCUUCUCGGGCUCGCUGGCCUCCAGGAUGCCCCUGCUGGAGUACGGAUAUCCCCUCAUGCCCACUCCCAUCCUCGCCCCACACCCGCAUCACCCGCUCCACAAAGCCGAGCAUCAUCCAUACUUCUUCACCUCGGGGAUGCAGAUGCCCUCGCUGUUUCCUCCUCACCCUGAGUUGCCCGGUAAGCACUGCAGGCGCAGAAAAGCGCGCACUGUCUUCUCGGACUCUCAGCUGUCUGGACUGGAGAAGCGCUUCGAGCUGCAGAGGUACCUGUCCACCCCGGAGCGCGUGGAGCUCGCCACGGCGCUCAGCCUGUCCGAGACACAGGUGAAGACGUGGUUCCAGAACCGCAGGAUGAAGCACAAGAAGCAGCUGCGGAAAACGCAGGAGGAGCAGAAAGCUCCCGGAGAGCAGCUGGACAGAUGCGCGGACACGUCGAGCGAGAGCGAGCAGGAGAGGAGAGGAGCAGCGGAGGGCAGGAGGAGUCCGGACGCGUACACGCUGGAGGAGAACGAGGAUGAGGUGGACAUCGAGGAGGAGGAGGACAUCUGCUCUCCUGACCAUUUACUAUAGACCUCACUCACCCUCUGUACAUGUGAAUACGGAGCGCUGCCAGUUUAGAUAGGAAAUUAUAUUUACUUUCUUUUUCUUCUUCAGUUUUUUUACCAAAAUAUCAGCCUGUAAAGCUGUAAUAUAGAAGCGCUUUGAAUAAUAUGCAUUAUGAGCUGAGUGAAUUUAGGCGGAACCGCCCCUAAAUCUGACUUAUCUUACAGUAAUGCAUGUUUAGGAUGUAUUAUUAUUAUUAUUAUUAUUAUUAUUAUUAUUAUUAUUAUUAUUGCGGUUAAUUGUCUAUAAUGACUCUCUUUGUGAAUAUGGACGGGGCAGUAAAUAUUCUAUGGACAGUCUGUAAAUAGAAGCGUGAUAUUUAGCACUUGUUUAAUGAACACUGGAUGAGUGGAUCAGUUUGUGUCGCCUUUUUCCAUUUUCACCAAUACAGCCUGUUCUAAACUCUCACUCACUAAUGUUAAAAUAAUGUACAGUAAAUGAAUUAUCAAAAAAAGAGAGAUUUGUUGAAACAGAA